AUGACAAAGGAUUUGAUCGGGGCGCUUCGGGCGGCCCAGCCCGAAGACGCAAAUGAACUCCCUGAUGCCACAUUGUCUAUUGAUGGACCCCAGUAUAUGAAUGACUUCUUCGCUCAGGUAUGCCAUUUGAUUGUUGACACUUUUCAGGUUGAGGACAUAAGAAAUUUGAUAGAACGUGUACAGUCUCUGGUCGAAGAUGUGAAAAACAAACACAGUGAUAUCCUCUCCUCCCCCAACCAGGAUGAAUGUAUGGAUCUAUGUUCCAACCUCACAAUUUUUUAG